AUGGAGCAAUCACGCACGAAAGUGGAGGCGGUCACAACAACGACCAGUACCUUUUUCAUAUCCAAUCUACAUUGCCCCUCAUGUAUCACAAGCAUCCAAUUUUCUCUGGAGGAAGAUCUGGGUAUCCAACCAUCUUCAAUCUCUCAUUCAAUAAUUCAGCAUUCUGUCACAAUUCGCCACGCUACAUCCAUCUCCUCUAACACUGUCACUUCAAGUCUAGAGAAAGCAGACUUUGAAGUCUAUAGUGUUACUGCAUGGAAGGACAAAGACGCAGAAGUGGAGAAUCAGAGGAAGAGAAAGAGGCACGUGGAGCAGUGUGUUCAAUGUCGCAAAGAACUUUGCAGGUCUGGCUCUUUGGACGCUUUGAUGGACAAGGCACAAUCAUUCGCCGAUGCAACAGAUGUCGAAAAAGGAGUCUAUGUCUCUACAGAGGAUGAGCACUCGGAGAAUGCUACAGAAAAGCUUGCGACUGUGGGAUCUGCUACACCAGAACUUUUCCGUGCAACUUUCUCGGUUGAGGGAAUGACAUGUAGUGCUUGCGUCACCAAUGUCUCGCAGGCCGUCUCUCAACAUCAAUUCAUCCGAGACGUCAAUGUCAAUCUACUCAGCAACUCUGCUACGGUCACCUUCUCUGGUCAAGACAACGAGAAGCUCAUCUCUGAGUCUAUUGAAGAUGCUGGAUAUGAUGUCGCUUUGAGCGCAAUAGAGGACAUCGGCCUCAAGCACAGCACCAAAGAGGAGUCUGAGGAGACACGGAAAGCGACAUUCUCAAUCACGGGCAUGACAUGUGCUGCUUGUGUACGAGCUCUGACUACCGGACUCGAGCAACCGGAUUGGAUUGAAAGUGCGCAAGUCACUCUGCUCUCUAAUUCUGCGAUUGUUACCUUUAGAGGAGCCAAGAACAAGGUGAAUGAUGUGAUUGAACUCAUUGAAGAUCUCGGCUUCGAUGCUUCGGUCGAAGACAUACACAGUACUCAUGAAGAUCAAGGGCCGACUCUGAAGCGAGAGAUCAUCUUGCAGAUGGCAGGCAUGUACUGUCAUCACUGUCCAGCACGCAUAGUGCAAGCGCUUUCCGACCACUUUGGCAACGAGGUCACGAUUGAGGAAGAGUGCAGCACGACAAGACCACUACUAAAGCUCAGCUACCAACCUCGACCGCCCAUUUUUACAUUACGACACAUCAUGAAAGUCAUCAACGACGUGGAUGCAGAAGUUCAAGCUUCAAUUUUCAAUCCUCCAACCAUCGAACAACGAUCAAGAGAGAUCCAUGCCGCCGAGAGCCGGAAGAUACUCCUCCGCUUCGCGCUUUCCCUCGUCACAGCCAUUCCAACCUUCAUCAUCGGCAUCGUCUACAUGACUCUCGUCGACCAUGAAAAUGCAGGUCGCAAAUACCUCAUGCAACAAAUCUGGGCCGGCACAGUCAGUAGAGCAGAGUGGGCCCUCUUCAUCCUCGGCACCAUAAUCUACUUUUUCGCCGCCGACAUCUUUCACAUCAGAAGUCUUCAAGGCAUUUAUCUCAUGUGGAAGCCAGCGUCCAAGACACCACUUAGCCAUCGUCUUUUCAGGUUUGGCAAUAUGAAUAUGCUGAUUAGUUUGGGAACUUCGAUUGCGUAUUUUGCUUCUAUCGCCGCUUUGGCUAUUGAUGCUACGAGUGGGAAAGCAAUGGGAGAGGGUCAGGCUUAUUAUUUUGACUCUGUGGUUUUCUUGACGUUGUUUUUGUUGGGAGGGAGAGGAUUGGAGGCUUGGAGUAAGGCAAAGACGGGAGAUGCUGUUGCUGCUUUGGGGUCCUUGAGACCUGAUACUGCACUCCUUGUCACCACAUCUCCAGACAAUGACACAACGACUCUAGACAACACGGCGACUGAACUGCUCGAAAUCGGAGAUGUGGUCAGAGUGCUCCACGGCAGUUCUCCACCUUUCGAUGGCAUCAUCCUCGACGGCGAAACAAAAUUCGACGAAGCAAGUUUAACAGGAGAAGCAAAACUUGUGCCCAAACACACUGGCGACCACGUCUUUUCUGGCACAAUCAACAAUGGCUCUCCUGUGGAUAUACGUCUAACCAGCAUCUCUGGCACUUCCAUGCUAGAUCAGAUCAUCAAAGUCGUCCGCGAAGGCCAAACAAAACGCGCCCCUGUGGAGAAAAUAGCAGAUCUCCUUACCUCCCGCUUCGUGCCCUUUAUAAUCCUCAUCGGCACCUCGACCUGGCUCAUCUGGCUCUCUCUAGGUCUUUCCUCUUCUUUACCUCCCUCUUACUUGGACUCCACCAUCGGUGGGUGGCCUUUUUGGUCGCUGCAAUUCUCCAUUGCGGUGUUUGUGGUGGCUUGUCCUUGUGGUAUUGGACUUGCUGCUCCUACUGCAUUGUUUGUGGGUGGUGGGUUAGCUGCCAAGUGUGGUAUCUUGGUCAAGGGCGGUGGAGAGGCUUUUCAGGAGGCUAGUAUGCUAGAUUGUGUUGUUUUUGACAAGACGGGGACGUUGACGCAGGGGACUGCGCCGGCUGUUACUGACUACAAGGUCUUUGGCGAUGAAGGCGAAGAGACGGCUUUGGCUAUGGCAAGAAUGCUCGAGCAAAACAGCAGUCAUCCGGUUGCAAGAGCUGUUGUCGAGUUCUGCAAAGCAAAAUCUCUAGAGGACGACGGCAUGCAGGUUAUUGAUGUCGAGGAAGUGCCCGGGAAAGGACUAAAGGGCACCUUCAAAGUCAAUGCAGAGACAAAGAUCACAGCAAUCAUCGGCAACGAAGCAUUGAUGACAGACCACGGCAUAUACAUCAACCCGCAAAACAGCGAUCUGAUCGAGAGCUGGAAACAACAGGGCAAAUCUAUUGCUAUUCUAUCGAUCUCCUCGUCUUCACCAACAACCUUCACACUGGCGGCAGCUUUCGCCAUCGCCGAUCCACUGCGACCCGAAGCAGCAACUGUCGUCAAGUGGCUGCAAGAGCAAGGACUCGAAGUCUUUAUGAUCUCAGGUGACAAUGCGAUUACAGCAAACAGCGUAGGAGCAGCUGUAGGGAUACCCGCCUCCAACAUCAUGGCUGGAGUCUUGCCGGAGCAGAAAGCAGACAAGAUCAAAUAUCUGCAACAGACUCUGGCGCCACGACGUUCGCGAGGGGUACUCGGAUUACUCGGAUCCCGCAAGCAGAGGUCUGUUGUGGGCAUGAUUGGAGAUGGCAUCAAUGAUGCGCCAGCUCUGGCGACGGCGGAUGUGAGCAUUGCGAUCGGAUCCGGGUCUGAUGUGGCUCUGUCGGCUGCUUCGUUCGUCCUUGUGACGUCUGACUUGCAAGCCUUGGUCAGACUGCUGGAACUGUCGCGUGUUGUGUUUCGCCGAGUGAUGGUCAAUUUCGCUUGGGCGUUGGUAUACAACUUGAUUGCCUUGCCCGUUGCGGCUGGAGCGUUGUACGCAAUCACCAGCGGAGGCAAGCACGUCAGACUCGACCCAGUGUGGGCUAGUCUGGCAAUGGCCUUGAGCUCAGUGUCUGUCGUGUCCAGUUCGUUGUUGCUGCGGACCAAGAUCCCUCUUCUAGGAUUCAGAGCAUCCAAAGUAGUCUAG